GGACGCUACAUGUAUUCGGCACCACUGCGGAGGCAGCUGGCAUCUCGCGGCAGCAGUGUCUGCCAUGUGGACAUCUCCGACAAGGGAAGUGAUGAAAUCGAUCUGGAGGGCAUUGCCAUGGAUGCCACUGGCUAUAUGAGCGAUGGGGAUGUGCUGGGCAAGAAUAUCAGAGCUGAUGACAUCACGAGUGGGUAUAUGACCGAUGGUGGUCUGGGGCUCUAUACUCGAAGGCUAAACCGGCUGCCUGAUGGCAUGGCUGCGGUGCGGGAGACGAUGCAGCACAACACUUCACUGGGGCUCGGAGAUGCUGACAGGUAAGGUCUCAUCAGC